AUGGCGACUGGAAAGGGUUCAUAUUUUUCUGUUUUAUCAGAAGAUGAAUCUUGUGAAGACAUUACAGAUAUAAAUAAAGAUUUAUUUAUUGGCGUAAAUGAGGAUCAUAACAAGGCAUUGAAAUUAUUUUUAAAAGCAGCUGAAGAUAAUUACCCAAUAGCUCAAGUAUAUCUUGCUAAAUCAUUUGAAUUAUAUGAAAAAUUAGCUAAAAAAGAAAUUGCUGAUGCGCAAUUUCAACUUGGAAAUUGUUUUAAUUAUGGAAUUGGAACUAAAAUAGAUGAAGUGCAAGCUGUUUGUUGGUAUACAAAAGCAGCAAUAAAUGGAGAUAUAGUUGCAAGUUUUACUCUUAAAAUGUAUUAUAAUCAAAGAGCAAAAGAUGACUUAAGAAAAUCUAAUAAA